AUGGGCCACGCUUGUUUGCAGGUUUCUGAUUACGCCCUGCGCCGGGUCCAAUGCGUUGCUGUGCUUCUUGUUGUGUACACCUUGCUUCUGCGCAUAUGGCCCAGCGCUCGGUACGGAAUACUGAUCAAUGAGUUUGAUCCGUGGUUUAACUACAGAUGCUCAAAGUACAUGUGGGCGCACGGCAUUACAGAGUACUUCAGGUGGAAAGACCCCAGCACGUGGGUCCCUGUGGGAAGAGACAUACCCAAAACAGCAUACCCCUUCCUGUUUAUUCUCUCAUACUGCGCCAACAGCGUACUUGGCGUAUUUGCGCGGGUGAGCCACUACACAGUGUGCUGCAUGUCUUCGCCUGCUUUGUUUCUUGCAUGCAUGUGCGUGAUGUGGACAAUGUGCAUGGGGCUUUUUGAAGGGCCAGGGCAGAGAAUAAAAGCAUAUGUUGCGCUGUCCCUGUUCAGCAUGUCUGGAGGCCUGUUUGAAAAGACCAUGGCAGGCGCAUACGACUACGAAGCGCUUUCGCUCUUUCUGGCUCUGGCCGUGGCCUGCACAUACACACUGUACAUAAAAGCCGUGGACGGCAGAAGGUGGCACCGGUGUCUUUUGGGCGCAGGCAUCACGUUUUUGCAGUGCGUGUUUAAUGCUACAUGGGGCGGAAGCGUGUUCACGGACGCGCUUGUGUAUGGCCACUCGAUGCUGACUCUUGGGAGCUGGCGCCUGCUUUUGGGAAACGCCCUUGUUACAACAGGGUUUGACCACGCAUGCCCGUUUUUGUGGGGGCUCAGGCCUGUGAACAUUCUGAAGAUAGCGAUUGCAUGCUCUCUCCCGAUUCUGCGCGGGUUUCUGCACGGCUCUCGAAGAACAAAGGCUGCGUAUGUGUUUGGGUUUGGGCUCGCCGCGGCAGGACUUGCCAUCUGCAUGCUAAAAAUGAGCAUGCACACGCGCCUUGAGAAAAUAUUGAAGGGUAAGGACAAAUUGUACAAUGUGUUUAUUCGGCAGAAAAUGCACCCGUUGGUUGCCUCCAUAACAGAGCAUAGAGCGCCCGAUGUCUGGCAGGCUUCCCGACUGUGCGGGCCGUUUGCAUGCUUGGCUCCUUUUUUUGUGGCGUGGAGCGCCUACAGCGCCAGCACAGCAGCUGCAGGCAAGAGAAGAAAUCUCAGGCUUUUCUUGGUCUGCGGCCUUGUGUUUUCUAGCCUUAUUUUCAUGCGAAUGGAGAGGUUUGCUUUCCUUCUUGCGCCGUUCCUGUCACUGGCGGUGUCCGACGCGUUUUGUGAAAUUAUGUUUUUGCGGCCUGCUGCGCGCCAUGGCAAGCUUUCUGCAGCCCGCAUAUUCAAGUCUGCUGCGCGCCUAGGAUUUGCCGCGCUUAUGUUUCUGCACGUUGCAUCCAGCAUCCGAACCAUCCAGAGAAUGGCCAAGCAUGUUAUCGUUGUGGCGGAGGGGAGCUCAAAAAGCAAGCCCGUGCUUGUGGAUGACUUCAGAGAAGCUGCUGUUUUCAUGAAGCACAACGUAGACCCAAGCUCUGUUGUUGUAAGCUGGUGGGACUACGGAUACCAGAUCACAGGAAUGUCCGGCCUCUCCACAGUAAUAGACAACAACACAAACAACUAUGAAAGAAUAUCCGAGACUGCAGACUUCCUUGUUUCCCCAGAGCACACCAUAUCUAAAGCACACCCGCUGAUACGAAAGAUCGCGCCAGACAGCAGAACUAGCGUGUACAUAUACACUGUCUGCGGAUACCUCUCCAAGUACAACCUGUCUGACCUAAACAAGCUCGUGUGGAUAACCCGCAUCGCGCAAGAAACAAACCGCAGCGUGGCCCCGCGAGCCUACCACUACAGGUGCAAGGGAAAGACGCUCUACUCGCUUCAUCAGAUGGGAGAUCUUGACAUCUCAGCCGAAACGCUUGGCGGCCAUCCGCUGCAUAUUUCCACCGCAAUGAAAGAGUCUCUUCUUUUUAAGCUAGCCUUCUAUCUGUACACGGACAAAAUCAAACUGACCAACAUAGAGCUGGCGUAUCAGUCGUCCAACCACAUAGUGCGUCUCUACAAAAUAGUAGGAUAG